AUGCCGGACUUACUCGGAUCAUAUGGGGAUGCAGCGGGCCGAAAUUUCAGUAAUACCGGUCGAGGCUUCUACGACAGACCAGCUGCGGAUAUUGGGCCCAGCAAUCCACUAAACGGCGAUGUGUACGGAGGCCCGAUUCUUGUUGCUGCUUCGAACGAGAGUGUGGACCAAGGCACGACUGAUGCACCCUCCCGUCAUUCGGAGUACCUUCAACGUCUUUCCGAGGGACAUCUGCCUGAGCAGAUCCUCGGAAAGCACAGAAGGGAAGAUCACGUGGGUGAAUGGGAGCAGGACGCCUAUGUCCCGGAGCAGGAUAUCGGGGAACAGGAGCCGCAAGAGCAAGAGAGUAACUGGGAUGAGCACACCAGUGAACCAAAGCCAAAGCGACGGGAUAUAACCGCCACCGAAAGCUACUACUCACCCCCGGCACAGAAUCCAAAGGCUGCAACGGUGCAGAAAGAGCGCAAGGCAGAAUGGGACGCGCGCCUACCUCCACCGCAACUACACACCAAUGAGAACAUCCCGGAUGUGUCCCAAGCUCCAGUGGAGGACGCGCACCUGACGCCGCCACAGCACAUAUAUAUAAACGGGACCGUUAUAAACUUCGACGAAGCUCCCCAAGCGGCCGACGCACAAGGCCCAGAUCCACCACAGGCGCCUCCGCCAGCCCAAGCGGAGCCCGGAGCACCCUCCGACUUCCGUGAUGUGCGGCCGGUGAACGGCUGGCAAUCCCAGAGCCUCGACAGUGCCCUGAGAUACACGCGAGAGGCCUACCGGGAGUGGACGGGUGAAGCGGCCCCGGUCACGAACCUGGAGGAUACUUACAACGUGCAGUAUCGAGAGAUCCGGGCCGCCUUCCGGGUUUGGUGGAAGUCGGAGAAGAAUCCGCAACGGUUGGACCCGUUGCCGGAGCUGUUCCGGAUGAAGGCGUGGGGUGGAGCGGUUGAGAAGUGGAGGGCUCCGGAGAAUCGGAGCAUUUCCGUGCGCCGAUGA